AUGGCUAGUCCACCGCCGCCAUUUACGGUCCGCAUCUUACAAAAGGACUUCCUUAGUAGCGACGGCUUGGAGUCAAAGGAUGAGUUUAAUAGCCUUCUCCCUGCCAGCAACCGCUUCAACGAUGACAUUGUCGUCCCUACAUCGGACCCCAACUUCCUAGAGCGGGAACUAUCGGUUUCGCGCCUCAAUGACGUGCAAGAAUGGCUCUGGGCUUGCGGGCGCCCAAUGCCGCCCCGGCCACUUCAUCACCAACGGCUCAUUUCACGAGAGAUCGUCAUCAGCGAGCUCUCUGAGCUGCACAUGAUCUGGUGGAGAAACCGCAUUUUUCUCAAGCCUAUACCGGCUUAUCUACUUGACCCCGACUUUUGGGUCAGCAACAUCAGCGACACAGCCCAUCUCGACGUGGCCGAAGGCAACAUUGAUGCCUCGGCGCGGGGAUUUCUUUUCUCCUACACUGCGCUCAUCGCAUACAAGAGCGACUUUCGCAUCGCAAAGGAACAUGGAUUACUACCCGAGGAAUCGACAUGGGAGGGCUGGAAGGCAUUAUCAGCUCAGGUCCUCGAGAACCACCGUUACGAUCGCGUCAAUCCGCGCUACUGGUACGGCGAGCUGCGGUUGAGCAGGUUGAACAAAGUCUACGCGCUUCGCAAAGGAUAUUUGUUGCGCGGCUACUCACGAGUCGCGUCGCAUACAGUCUACGGCGAUCUCAUUCGCGACAAUUUCUCGGUGCUUGCUGGUAUCCUCGGUUAUGUCGUGAUCGCGCUCACGGCGAUGCAGGUCGGAUUGGGUGUUGAUCGGUUGGUCGAGAACCAAGCGUUCCAGGAUGUGAGUUACGGGUUGACAGUGUUUACAUUAAUUGUGCCGCUCAUUGGCGCGCUCGUGAUUUUUUUCUUUAUCUUCAUCAUGAUUGUCAGCAAUUGGAGGGUCACCAAGGCAUUUGAGAGUCGGCGUCUAAAGAAGAUGAAGGUAAAACUCUUACGGAAGAAGUAG